AUGACAAUGGCCAGUCUGUUAUCACGACGAGGAACUCUCUAUGGUCUAGACGACAAAAUCGUGCUCGACAUUGGAAGCCUCUACAUAAAAUGUGGAUUUUCAGGAGAAUCACGUCCACGAAGCAUUGUCCCGACGUGUAUUCAUCCAUAUGCUAAUGUGCUGGAUGGGAGUAGGACUGUUGGAGAGUUGAUCACAUUAUGGAAUCUUGAAAUCCAGAACGACGAGAUAGAGCAUUUAGAGGAUCGGAUUGCGGAUUUGUUGUACCGGAUCUAUCAGAGGGAAUUACUAGUGGAUCCACGACAACGCAAAGUGAUUCUUUGCGAGAGUGCUUUACUGCCCAUGCCGGCCAAGAGAGCUAUUACGAGGGCGCUGUUUAAUGUGCUGCAAGUCCCUGCAGUCACAUUCCUAUCAUCAAGCUGGAGCGCCUUGAUAUCAUGUGGGAAGCAAACAGGACUCGUUGUGGAUGUUGGAUAUCAUGAGGCUACAGUCCAAGCGGUCUACGACGGACGCCCCAUCCUCCACUCAAUCAAAUCAAUACCGCACGGAGGACACGCUCUAACAGCCCGUCUCGCAGACCUCAUAUUCUCAAACACGUCUGACCUCAUCAUCAACAACCAGCCUGUCGAGCUUAAUCCUGACUCAUCGUAUACUAUCUGUCCGUUGCAAAUGUGGGAGGAUUUGAAAGCUCGUUAUCUUCAUGUGAGGCCUAUUGGUGUAUCGACGACGUCUAUUCAAGAUGAUUGGGAGCAACAGAAACCUGUUGUGUAUGGAUAUGAGAAUAUUCGAGUGACAUUCCCGUCGUGGGUUUGUGAGUCUGCUUGUGAGGUCUUGUUUGAGAAGGAUGAUGAUGGGAUGUGUGUCGCUGGGAUUAUGUUGGACGCUUUGAUGAAUUGUCCAUCAGAUACACGAACAGAACUCCUCCAAAAUAUAGUCAUUACCGGAGGAACAUCAUGCAUACACGGUUUCUCGUAUCGUCUAUAUCAUGAUCUGAUACGGAAAAUGAAAGAGUCAAAGAGAUGGAAGGAAUUGGAGUUUGAAUCCAAAGUAAAAUUCUUGAAACCAGUGUUUCCUGCUAGUGUUUUACCUUGGGUUGGAGCAUCACUUGUUGGAUCACUCAAACUGCCCUUUGUCGAAGUGAAUAGAACCGAAUAUGUCAAAGAUCCUGUUGCGAUGAUACCGGAUUGGAGUCUGAUAACACAGGCUGCUUGA